AUGACAGACCUCGAGAAACCAACCCAAAUUAUGACCGAAGACACUGCCGCUGUCAAGGGCGAUGCCAUCGGCUUUUCUGAACAAGAAAAUGCUGUGGGAUACAAAGAAUAUCGCGAGGCAUUGAGCAUCGAGGUGUCUGACAAGGAGAUGCGCAGAGUCCGAUGGAAGCUCGACUUGACAAUACUUCCCAUGUUUCUCAUCACACAAGCAUUGCAGUUCAUGGAUAAGACAUCGCUCAACUAUGCCAACUUGUUUGGGUACCAGAAGGCUCUCAACCUUCAGGGCAAAGAGUUCAGCUAUCUCUCUGCAAUGGUGUAUGCUGGAUACUUCUUUGGGCAGUACCCCUGUGGUUGGCUCAUUGGACGCUAUCCUGCGCAGAAGGUCAUGGCGAUUAGUAUCUUUCUAUGGGGUUUAAUGGUCAUCAUAAUGACCCAGAGCCGAACAUAUUCCAGUGCAUUUUUCAUGGGUAUUUUCGAGGCAGCAGUCACACCAGGCCUGACGCUUAUGACUGGAUUCUGGUACACUCGACGUGAGAUCCCGCUCCGCCAGUGUAUUUGGUAUUCUUCUCUUGGUUGGGGCGGUAUCGUUGGCUCCUACAUCUCUAUGGGUGUUUCUCGGUUGCCAGUCGAUAUUAAGCCCGAACGCUGGGAGCUCAUCUUCUAUAUUCUUGGUGGCGUCACCUGCCUGUGGGCAUUUGUUAUAUGGUUCCUCCUUCCCGACUCACCUUCUAACGCGCGGUUUCUAAACCACCGUGAACGUCUGAUCGCUGUCAAGCGUGUUUCUGCAAACGAAACCGGCAUAAAGAACAAAUCAUUCGACAAGAAACAAGUUUUCAAAGGAUUUCUCGAUCCCAAAACUCUUCUGCUCUUCACGAGUGUAUUUGCCGCGGCUAUACCUAACGGAGUUGUCAAUUCUUUCUCCACUGUCAUCAUCCGUGAUAUGGGGUUCGACACCACCAUGACUACGCAGCUCAAGUCAGUUGGCGACGCCGUACAGAUCGUCGCAUUGAUCAUCGGGGGGACUAUUAUCUUAAAUGUCCCUAACUCACGUUUGAUCACCGCUUCUGUCGCCAAUAUUCUAUGUACAGUCUCUGCAGCCUGCAUGGCGUUCCUGCCCUCUUCCAAUACUUGGGGCAGACUUGUAUGCUUCUGGCUCGUCAACUCUCAAUCCGUGGGAUUCACUGUAUCACUUACAACCAUCUCAUCUAAUAUGGCCGGCUAUACCCAUCGCUCCCUCGCAAGCGCUGUGGUUUUUACCGCAUACUGCUGGGGCAAUUUUGCCGGCCCAUUCGUUGUUGACCCGGCCCAAGCACCUCAUUUUACGGGAGCUACUAUUGGACUGUUGGUCGGAUAUAGUAUCAAAUUUGUUUGCCACCUCCUUCUUCUAGUCUACAUGUUUACAGUCAACAAGCGCCGGGAUCGAAAGUACGGGGAAGCAAACAAGGCGGCCAGUGACGAAUGUGGAAUGAGAGACAUGACUGAGUUCGAAAACAAGGACUUCCGCUACGUGCUCUAA